AAUCUUCGUUUAAAUUAGAUGUCGAUCAUUUUCAAUAAAAGUUUGGAACUUUUAUCUACCAUCGUGCUCAUCUUCCUAGCACUCCUGUUGUUUGAAGUAACUGAUGUUCAUGCACAGAAUGGAUAUCUUCCUCAAGAUGAAGUGCGUGCUCUUCGUGAUAUAGCAGAAGAAUUGGGUAAAAGGGACUGGAAUUUUAGCCUGAACCCAUGUGAUAAUAAUCCCAACUGGGCAACACCCAAUAACCAGACGGAAACCUCGCUUUAUAACAACACUGUUAUGUGUAACUGCUCCUACCCUGGGGAUGUUUGUCACGUCAUUACAAUAAUUCUCGAAGGGCAGGAUCUCGAUGGUGUACUUCCACCAUCCUUAGCAAAGUUACCAUACAUCAAAACAAUUGAUUUGGGUCGUAAUUACCUGAAUGGCACUAUACCGUCAGAAUGGGCUUCAACCAAGCUGGAGUACCUGUCUGUAUCUGCGAAUCGCUUGACCGGAAGGAUUCCGACUUACUUGGGAAACAUAACGUCACUUGUAUAUUUAUCAAUCAUGUUCCAUUUGGGAUGAUGGGCCAAGAAACAGUGAUGAGUGUGUUUACAUAUUUGAAUGGGAUGGUGGGGCAAACCUUAGAAGAACAUGAACCAUUAAUCUAUGGGAGCUGAUUGUAACACCCUAGAGAAAUGUGACAUCUAUCAUGGCUUGGAGGGAUGUUGUGUUCUUAAAAUAUAUCGAGACUUAAACAUCACCAAUGCGUUUUGGGCGAAUUGGUUGUCGAGAAGAUGAAAACUCCACAGAGUCUGCAGAACAAUAUGUUCUCUGGAACUAUUCCGGCGGAGCUUGGAAAACUAGAAAAUUUAGCAAACCUGAUUCUUAAUGCGAAUAAUCUCUCUGGCCAGUUGCCGGUGGAGCUUAAUAGUCUAACCAAUUUGACAGAACUCCGAUUAACUGGUAACAACUUCAAUGGAAGAAUCCCUAGCCUAGAAAGCUGGAAACAACUUAGCAAACUAGAGAUGAUUGGUAGUGGGGUGGGGGGACCAAUACCAGCAAGCAUUUCCCUCUUGAGCAAUUUAGAAGAACUAAGAAUCUCUGAUUUAAGUGGAGAAAGUUCACCAUUUCCGAAUCUAAGAAACAUGACAAAUAUGAGAAACUUGGUGUUGAGAAGCUGUAAUAUAACUGGGAGAAUUCCUAAUUAUAUAGCACUGUUGCCAAACUUGAAGUUUUUAGAUCUAAGUUUUAAUGGUUUAGUUGGAGACAUACCAGAUCUAAGUGGACUAGACGAUCUAUACACUGUGUAUUUCACUGGUAACUCCCUCAACGCUAAUGUUCCUGGUUGGCUUAUGAAUACAGGUGUUGCAGUAGAUCUUUCCUACAACCACUUUAGUAAAGAACCAGUGCUUCAACGUUGUCCUGAAUCAGUGAACUUAUUCCGAAGCCACGCUAAUUAUGGAAACGAGUCCGACCUUGCAAAUUGCUUUAGCCAAUUUCCUUGCUCCAAGAACUACAGUUCAGUUCAUAUCAAUUGUGGUGGGACAGGAGUUAUCAUAGGAGACAAGGUUUACGAGGCGGAUGAUCAGGAUCCGGGUGGACCUGCAAGAUUUCGUCCUUUAAAUGAUCACUGGGGAUUUAGUAGCACAGGAAAUGUAUGGAAUGUUAAGGAUUAUCGAUAUACAAUAAAUAAUGUAUCAAGACUCACUAUGAAAGACUCCGAACUCUACACAGUCGCUCGCCGCUCCCCACUAUCUAUCACUUACUAUGGUCGUUGUUUAGUAAAUGGAAGGUAUAAGGUGACUCUACAUUUUGCUGAGAUAGUAUUCAGAGAUAAUAGAUCUUACCAGAGUCUUGGAAGACGUGCUUUUGAUGUUUAUAUACAGGGUGCAAUUGAACUAAAGAAUUUUGAUAUCAAGCAUGAAGCAGGAGGGGUUGAUAAGGCAGUAAUAAAAACAAUAGAAAAUAUUCAUGUAACUAAUAAAACAUUAGAAAUACGGUUUCAGUAUGCUGGGAAUGGCACAACCGCAGUCCCAAGGGAUGGAGUAUUUGGACCUAUGAUAUCUGCCAUUUCUAUGGAGGCUGGCCGGAGGGUCAACGGUCCGGAUCCCCAUGUAGUUCCGCCACUAAGUUUAAGGGUGAAAUAUGGGUCACAGACCAAGUCUGGCAAACGAAGUAUAUUCAUAGUCAUUGGAGCAGUGACUGCAGUGUUGCUCCUUACUCUCAUAGUCAUUGGUGUUGCAUGGAAGAGAGGUUAUAUAGGGGACAAGAAAUCUCGAGAAAAAGAUAUAAGGGGAAUCGAUUUGCAGACAGGUGUAUUCACAUAUAGACAGAUCAAAGCUGCCACCCGCAACUUUGCUGAUUCAAAUAAACUUGGGGAAGGUGGUUUUGGAUCAGUCUACAUGGGCACACUACAAGAUGGAACUCUAAUCGCUGUGAAGAAACUUUCUUCUAAAUCAAGUCAAGGAAAUCGUGAAUUUGUGAAUGAAAUAGGGAUGAUAGCCAGUAUUCAACACCCUAAUGUUGUAAGACUACAUGGGUGUUGUGUGGAACGCAACCAACUACUGCUUGUUUAUGAGUACAUGGCGAAUAAUUCUCUAGCACAUGCUCUAUUUGAUAAUGAUAAAGCUAUGAUGGAAAUAGAUUUUCCUACAAGACAACGAAUUUCUAUUGGGAUAGCAAAAGGUCUAAAAUUCCUACAUGAAGAUUCAGUGCUAAGAAUGGUUCAUAGGGAUAUAAAGGCAACAAAUGUACUUCUUGAUACUGACCUUACCCCAAAGAUUUCAGAUUUUGGUUUAGCAAAGCUCAACGAAGAAGAAAACACUCACAUCACAACGACAGUCGCCGGAACAAUAGGGUACAUGGCCCCAGAAUAUGCAUUGAGAGGCCACUUAUCAUACAAAGCAGAUGUAUACAGUUUUGGGGUUCUUUUAUUGGAAAUUAUUGCUGGAAAGAGUAAUAUGAAAUAUCACCCAACUGAAGAAUUUAUUUGUCUUGUUGAUUGGGUUGUUGCUCUUAAACAAAAAGGGUGUUUGAUGGACUUGGUGGAUUCAAGAUUGGGUUCUGAUUUUAAUAAAGAAGAGGCAUUGAGAAUGAUACAAAUCGCUCUACUAUGCAUUAAUAAGUAUCCUGCUCAUCGGCCUACCAUGUCUGAAGUAACAAAUAUGCUCGAGGGUCGUAUCAAAAUUAAGAAACAAGAUAUUAAUUUAACUACCUCUGAUGAUGAGUUUAGGUUGCAAGCACUCAAAAUGAAGCUUGAAGAGAUACAGACCCCUUACUUUGAUGAACUGGAGAGUUUCACUAACCCUUCAUCAUCUAUCCACGACCAAUAUACUGAUAGUCAAGCUUCGGAAAAAAACUUGUUAAUUUAAUGCUAGAGUAAGCAUUAUUCUUUUUAUAUCCAUUGUAAUGGAUUUUCUAAAAUCUCUACAACUUACUAUGACUAGUUGCAAGUGUUGCUCAGCCUUCAGAAUGACAUAGUCACCAAUGGUAGGAGGGACACAUAUAUGGAGCAAAGAGUUAUGCUAAAUUAUGAUGAUGAUGAUGAUAAUAAUAGGAUGUAUGUAUGUACGUAUGGUCAUUCAGUCAUUGAAAGAGUCGGUCGAAGUUAUGAUCGUAUAUUUGCGGAGUGUGAGACUCACACGAUUGAGCCCAUGAAACUUAAAUAUUCUCCGGUCCUCAUCUUUAAAUGUUGUCUUGCAAUGUUUUGAGAAUAUUUUGUGCGAUGUGUCACCUGCAUAGAUAUUUGGAAGUGUUUAAAAUUAUAUUA